AUGAAGGACACUUCUGAUCCCGCAGCCUCGGCCGAGCCGGCCGUCGAACAGCACGAGCAGCACAAUGGCAAAGGACCCGUCAUCAGCAAGGUUAUCGUGGGUUCUGAAGCCUUGGCCGCACCCAAGCUGCUCGAACCCGUGAAGCUAUUCUCGAAGCGCAUGCUCCAGCUGUACAUGUUCCUCGGUAUCAUGUUCCUGACCUCGACCGCGCACGGCUACGACGGCAGCCUGAUGGGCACCAUUCUCGUGACAAAGUCUUACCGCGAUACCUUUCAGACCGGCGUGGUGGGCGAAAAGUCUGCCCUGAUCACCGCGAUGUACCAAAUCGGCGGCGUCUCUGCACUGCCGUUCAUGGGACCGCUCACCGAUCAAUGGGGUCGGCGUGUGGGGACCAUGUUCGGAACCGGCAUCAUCAUCAUCGGCACUAUUCUCGAAGGCACGUCGGCCGCUACUGCGAACCUCCCACAGUUUAUGGCCGGCCGCUUCUUCCUCGGCUUCGGCGUCUUCCUCACCGCUGCCGCUGCGCCUACCUACGUUGUCGAGAUGUCGCACCCGGCAUACCGAGGAGUCAUGACGGGCACAUACAAUUGCAUGUACUACACCGGUGCCAUUCUGGCUGCCGGUAUCACGCGCGGGUCGAAGGACUAUUCCGGCAAUCUGCCGUGGCUCAUCCCCACGUGGAUGCAAAUGGCGUUCCCUGCCAUUGUGUUCAUCCUCAUCCUGUUCUUCCCCGAGUCCCCGCGUUGGCUCUACACCCACGGCCAACAGGAUAAGGCCAAGGAGAUUCUGGUCAAAUACCACGGCAACGACGACCCGGACAGCCUCUACGUUGCCCUGCAGCUGCGCGAAUUUGCCGACGCCCUGGAGCUAGAUGGUACGGAUAAGAGGUUCUGGGACUACAGUGUCUUCUGGCGAUCCAGAGGCAAUGUUCGCCGGAUUCUCUGCAAUGUGAUCCUCUCCGUAUUUGCGCAGUGGUCCCAGGGCGGCAUCAGCUACUACAUUGCUGGCUUCUACAAGUCCGCCGGCAUCACUGAGGAGACGACUGUUUUGGAUUUGAACCUGGGGCUGUUCGUGCUGUCCGGUGCUCUUGCUAUUACAGGCGCCAGUAUGGCAGAUACCUGGGGUCGUCGCAAGGUUAUCGUUGGCACACAGGGUCUACUAUGCUUGUGCUGGGCCGGCAUUACGGCAGGGACGGCAACCUAUGCUGCGAACCACACCAGGGCCUCCUCGAUCGUCGGCAUUUUCUUUUAUUGGUUGUUCCAGUCGAUCUUCUCGUUUGGCUUGACCCCACUUCAGGCACUGUAUCCAGUCGAGGUCUUGUCCUACGAGAUGCGCGCCAAGGGCAUGGCGAUCAACUCUAUGGCCAACUCUGCCUCGGCCCUGGUCAACCAGUUCGGCACGGCCAACGCGCUGCAGAAUAUCGGGUGGAAGACGUACCUAGUGUUUACUUGCUGGACCGCCUUCCAAACUGUAUUCUCAUACUUCUUCUUCGUUGAGACCAAGGGCUACACUCUGGAGGAGCUGGACGAGAUCUUUGCGGCAAGACACCCGAACAAGGAGGCGACACGUCGGCGCGAGGUCGUUGUUCCGGUCGGGGAGUAG